UAAAUUUUUAACAUUUGAUACAUCAUUGUGGGUGUUUGCAAAAUAAGAAGCAGCGAGCCAAAGCUGGAAACCGAAGAUUUCUUCAAUUCGUCCCAAAUAAGAGCCAUCUCUCAGCCCUCCUGCGAGCCUACUGCGGAACAGAGCACGGAGGAAGCAGAAGCUAGAGUCCAUCUCGGCUGGGAGAGGCGUGGGCCCCUUCAGCCAUGUUUGCCGCUGGUUGAUGUCGCUGAGGUAGUUUGUUGGUUUGGAGGCUGCAGAGAGCGUACAGCCCUCGGCUCGGUCGGUGAUGGCAGCUACUCCGGUUGUGGCGACGGAGGCACCUAGUGAUUCGUGUUCUCUGGGACCAUCGCAGGGAGAAGGAAGCCAUGGCCUUGAAUUUUCCUCCCGAGAUCUCGAGCGGCCAUUAAUGGCAAAGCUCGGGAAAAAUCAGAGACUCCCUUCGGAUCUGACUCUAGGCAGCGCAGCGCGUAUGAAGUCCUCAAUCAAGUUCGUCGCUGCUGUUGCGGCGGCGAGUUCUCUAUGGUGGCUUCAUCUGACGGCGCGGGAUGGACCCUGGACGGCGCACCCUUGUGUGAUUGGUUCGGACAAGGGUAUAGGAGCGAUCCACGAACGGCACCUGCGAGAGGAUGAGCGAACCGGGAAUUUCGCCGCUACAAACGUGCACGCUCUCUGGCCCGCCGGGAUCUGGGUUCGAAGACUCCAGCUUUUUUCAAAAUCGGAUCUGUUUUUUUUGUUGUAAAAACCCUUCUUCCUGGUCAUUUUUGGGCUGGAUUUUAAAACUGUCAUGAAUUGAAAAUAAUUUUUUGGCUGGCGGCGAGGCAUGGAACCGGCUGCGAGGCCUGGAGCAGCGAUCUGGAACAUCAGCAUCGAUCUCAGCAGAUGGCGCACCAGCGGUUCAUGCUCUGUGGAAUUUCCCAGAUCUGAAAUUCUGGAACUUUUUUAUUUUUGCUGAUUUUCCAAACCAAUUCUGGUUGUCUUGUUGCGAUUACAAGAUCAUUGUGAUGACCUCUACGACUUGGCGUAAUAUGGUUAAUAAUGUGAUUAAGAUGAAGUUGUGAUUCGUGGGGAAUGGUUCAUCCAAUUUCUGGAAUUAUGAUUAUUUUUCUAUGAU